CUCUGGUCCUGGUACUGGUUCUGACAGACAGACUGGCUGAUGAGCCUCCUCUUCCUGCCCUGCCUCGAGCGCCACUGACGCGGCUGCUGCGCGCCGCGCGGCCAAUGGGAGCGCAGCGGGGCGGAGAGCAGCGGCGCGUCGUACUACAGCGGAGUUCUGCCGCCAACAGUGUGGACGCGUCUCCCGCUCAGCCCGCCGCUCCACAGCCUCCUCUGGUUCAUGGAUUAUACAGUUUCCCUCCAAGUGCAACAUCAGCUGGCGGUGUUCCCGACGCACUUCUACCAGGGCUACAGCGUGGAGUUACAGAUGAAGUCAACAGAGGUGGACCAAGGACUUUUCACAGACAGCUACUGCAAAGUGUGCAGCGCUCAGCUCAUCUCCGAGUCCCAGAGGGUCGCCCAUUAUGAGAGUCGGAAACAUGCCAACAAAGUGCGGCUGUAUUACAUGCUACAUCCUGUGGAUGGAGGCUGCCCUGCCAAGAAGCUCAGAGCAGACAAUGGCAGCGACGAGGGCGACGUGGACAAGAAUAAGUGCUGCACGCUGUGUAACAUGUCCUUCACCUCAGCGGUGGUGGCACAGUCACACUACCAGGGUAAAAUCCACGCCAAGAGGCUAAAGCUACUACUGGGGGAGCAGCCUGCUAUCACAACCAAAGAGGCGUCCCCCAGUCCUGUAAAGAGCUCCCCAGACACGUCUCCCAUGACCUCCCCGCGACAGCGCCGCGACUCGGACCGCUACUGCCAGCUAUGCAACGCCUGGUUCAACAACCCCGGCAUGGCUCAACAACACUACGAUGGCAAAAAGCACAAGAAGAACGCUGCCAGAGCGGACCUGCUGGAGCAGCUGGGCAAGACCCUGGACAUGGGAGAGAUGAAAGGUCUGAAACGGAGCUACAGCUGUGAAGUCUGCAGCGUCACACUGAACUCGGUGGCACAGUACCACGCACAUCUGCAGGGCUCAAAGCACCAAAACAACCUGAAGAAUCAGAUAUGCGUCCAGUGAGCGUGGGUUCGAAGAUUUAAAAACCAACUAUUGGAUUGAUGUCAGACAAGCUGUGGUCAGCUUGCCCUGCUUUUUUUCUGCCUCUGCCCUGCUUCUGCCCUCCUCCACAUCAUUUCAAUCUCUCUCUCUCUCUCUUCUUUCUUCUAUCUCGGCUGCCCUGACGAGGAGGAAAACAACAUGUUUUUUUUUUUUUGUAACACUGCGCUGCAUCGACUGCCUCACCUGUCAGUGUGCAGUACAGUUUAAACCCUCUUUUUCCUGCAUCGCUGGCCGCUCUAAAAACAUCGACCUUUGACGUCCCACUGAAGCUCUGUACUGUGUUUUUUUGUUUUUUUUUUGUAUCCACUGACAGUCUGAGAUCAUUAACCGUGCUGUAUCCACACACACUGCAACUCAACUAUACUGCUUUUAUUGCAUAUAUUGCUUGCAGCGGAGCUAAACCCCCUUUUGCAGCUUAAAAAACAAAGGGGUUGAU